AUGACGGCAUGGGCUAUCGCACCAUUCGAAUCGGUUUACAACUCGAUUGAAUCAGGCCCAUUCCAGGCGUCUGAUUACAAGCUAAUUCUUCCAGAUCUGAAAACCUUAAAUACUCUUAGUGGUAAGUCUAAGAACAAUGCCAGUAGACAACAACUGGAAAAGGGUGAGAUCAAAUUAACAUCGGGCGACGCUUAUCAAGUGAACAAGGAGUUUAUAAUAGCAGCCGCGCUUCUGUCAGAUGAGCUCGAUCUUGACGAGCUGGUCACUGCCGAGGUUAUGCUCUUGAACUGUGACGUUGGUUCCGAAGACGAAAAUUCUGAGAUUGCCUUGGUUAACGAUGCGAAAGUGGCAUUCUACGUGAGAAGACGUUAUCUUCUCCAAACAGUUUCAUUCAUUGCCAAUUGUUGUGAUUCCCAUGACCAGAUCUAUCUCGAUCUCGUGUCCGAUGGUGUCUUGGUCAAGAACAUAGUAACUGCAUUCAAACAAAUCGAGGAACAAUUGGAAGGAAUAAAACAAUUUGUAAACAAGUGCAAAAUUCUAGAUAACUACGAUUGGCUAGCAAAGCAAAAUGUUCGUUUCAGAAGGGACUUUCUUCUGGCCGAGUAUGAUCUCCUUAGCCAAAUUAUCUUUGGACUUGUGAUUAAUGGCACAUUAAUGGAGAAAGGCAAACUAUUGGAGCUUGUAAAUUGCGUUGCUCAAAUGGAUAGUAGUGACUUUUUCAUCAUUUAUUUUCUCCCUGCGCUCUUCCAAGCUUUUGCCCAAUUGCAUUUGCUGGCCGAUACUGACGUUAAAGAAAUGCACAAGAUGUUUUUAACAGAACUCAAACAAGAGUCCAUUUACGCUCAGCCUGUUAAGGUGUCUCUUAUUUUUGCAUUUAUGGCCUUUUUUAUAGGAUGGUGCAAGGCCGAUCCUUCCACGAGGGCUGUUUCUUACGAUUUUGCGACAUCUGUGGAUGAACCCAUGACAAAAGCUGUCAAUCUUGGAGCUAUUGAACAACUUCUAGCCUUCGCUGCAGAUACUUCUGAGCUUGAAAGUGACGCAAGUAUAGAGCUUUUCUACGAUAUGAGAUCGCUUUUGGAAAGGCACAUACCGAGACUGCGUCCAAAGCAGCUUAUCGAUGGAGAACAAUCUUCAAUGCAUAAAAAUAUGAGGGAUAUUGCAUUUGAAAGUGUGUCCUUGUCUCAGCAGACACAGUCUUUCUUUUUGUUAGCUUUCAACCAGUUGCUGCAGGUUAUAAUAACAGAUUGCGCUUACCUUUUAACCAAGAUGAAAGAUGCCGAGGAGGACUCUCUGCUAUCGGGCGAAGAUUUGUUUUUGGAAGAAAUUUCGGCAAAGGCAGACCUAGAGCGAUUCUUUCUUACAAUCCAUUACUUUUAUGCAUGCAGGUCGGAUUACUGCGCGGUAUUUUGGGAAGACAAGGAAUCCAAUGCUUACGGUUUCAUAGAAUGGGCUAUGAAAUGCACAGACACACUAAUGCGCUCUUCUGUUUUUCUCAUGCUUUCAAGUCUCUCCUUUGGAUUCGAGAACUCCUUGAACGUUUACCACUAUGUCAAUCAAAAUCCGAUAAUUUCCUGGACUAGCAUUUUACAGUUGAUUACCGAUUACGUCGUAAAAAUAUCCUACCUGGAAAAAAGGCUACAAGAGAGCCAACAGAUGGAAGACGAAGACCAAGAUCCGACGACCGUUGCUUUGAAAAAUGGUCUCAAUGAAGAAGUUGUUAUACUGCUGUCAUCAUUAUUCACAUUGGUAGGAUGUGUUUCGCAUGAUUUGGACGAGACGACCAAAAAUCAUUUUAGUUCUCUCUUCAAAGAUGUCCUCUUUGAGUUUGUCAAACUGAAUACACCCUUGGUAGGUGCGGCCUUGAAAGUGCUAAGUAAUCUCGUCCCAGCAAAUGAAGGUGACAGAGCUGGGUACUGGCUCAGCUUGGACGAGUGGAUAUUUAAAGGUUCUAAGUUAACGGUGGCCAAGAAUUCAUAUCGGAACGCUUUCGAGACAAUCUUAGUCAACUUUUCUGACGUAACUGGUUUUCUCCAACUCUUGCAAAAGCUGCUAAUGGUUUCGUCGACAGGAAUUGGCGGAUACCUAAAAUUUGGGCUGUUGCCAUUCCCAGCUAAACUAGGGAAUGGCUACAGAAAUGUUGGAAUAUGGCCCUAUUUCGAUUAUGUUUUGAACGGCGUCUUUGUACAAUCUCGUCAAAUAGCAGAGGUCAAAGAAAAAGCAGCUAUUCAAAAGCCCAUUUUGCAAAUCAUAGAAAACGCACUGUACUCGUUUGAUUACAGCGUGAUCUUGAACUCGAUACCUGCUGGAUCGAACUUAAAUGAUCUGGUAACAACAGAAAGCUUCUAUGCAUAUGUUCAAGAGUCUCCUGCCACUGCAACAAUUAAUUUUCUGUUCGACGAGAAGGUGUUUGCUAUACUAUUUGAAAGUGCUUCCUGUGGAAUAGAUGAGUUGAACUGUAUGUCCCAAGAUUCAGUAGCUGUAUGUGAUAUGCUGCGUUCUACUCUGAGCAUCAUCGAGCACACUCUGAGUGUACAAGAGGCAUAUGUGGAAGAGCUUUGCCCGAUCGUAAAGAAGAAUGCCACAGAGGAAUUUUUUCUGCCACAGAAUGUGGGAAUGCAUGGCCUUAAAUCGUUUUAUGACGCAGUUUUCUUCAACCUCCCCAUGAUUGCGCAUUUCGGCCUAUAUGUCGGACUUGACGAUCACCUCAUUGCCUCGCAAUCACUUCAUAUCUUAACAAAGCUAUCUAUUGAAUUGAACGGCAAGGACAAUCAAGCAAUUGUUAAGGAUAAGCUAUUGAGUGUAUUUGAUUCUGUCGACGAGUCCGCAAGACUUAAAGACGCGUUCAUUGCUCAAUUACAGGCUCCGCUGAUAUGCGAGGAGAGUCGGGAGCUUAAGGUGAGCAUAUUGAGAUUUUUGCUGGAAAAUCUUUCAUAUACAGAUAAGCAACCCACUGUGGGGCAUUUCUUGCUUGGGUUCUCUGUUGCUAAUAUGAUGUCGUUAGGACCGAAGCUCAGUACUUUCAUUUCUUCUGGCCAUUCCCUCCUGAGCUCUGUUAUUUAUCUCUUGCAGUCUUCCCUGGAAACAAUGACCUGUGACAAUAUCGGUUCCGUACCCGCUCAGCUGGCUUCGUUGUCAAUGGAGAUAAUACUAAAGCUCUGCCGUAACUCCCUGACCUCAGAUUUAACGUUGAGGCACCUCAAUGACUCUAACUUAUUUGAAACCAUUCUAUCACUUGAUCCAAAGGUCGACGCAAAGACCAAGUGGUCGAAUGAAAGGCACAAAGGGAGUAGUGGUUCAAAUCCUCUCGGCUUCACAAGCCAAACUGCAAUGGGGACAUUUCUUUGGUUUCUAAGUUACAGAAGCUUCUCACUUCAAUAUCUCAGCCUCGAUAUUCACAGACUAAGCAACCAGUCAUUAAGGUCAAAGAUGAAUUCAAGACUAGACGUUCUCACGUCCAAUAUAAUGCAACCCCCUCGCAUGUUCACUUUUCUGGGGGUUUUGAACUUUGACUUCAAUGCCGACUUUCAUGACCCACCUCAAAACUUGAUUGUAGCCGCAGGCCUGGAUUUAAGCCUUGUGCGCGCAGAUACAAUGGAUGCUAGUAGCAAAGAGCUAUGCGAUAUGUCACAAGUGGAGUCUCUCCUGCAACUUAGAAGUCAAUACCUAGGCCUUUGUCUUCCUAUCAUGAUCAAGGACACGAGCAUUUCAAACGCUGAACAAUUAGUUCGAGUAGCUGAUAUUGAAAAGAGACAAAUCAAAGAACAUUUGAGAACCACAUUUUCUGUGGAUCGUUUCAAAUCGCUGAGAUUGUCAGUACUUCAUGCUUGGGUUCAGUUGGUCCAAGUUAUGGUUUUGGAUGGCCAUCUAUCAGAAGAAAAGAGAUCUAACUUCAUUCUUGAGUUGUUUGAAGCACUCGUGCCCAAAAUUAACGAAUUUGUGGAGAUUGACGUAGGAUACUCAGAAGAGGUUGUGUCGCUUUGCGUGUUCCUAUACGAUAUCUAUCACCGAGACCACCUUAAGGAUGCAAAGGGAAUGCCCGUGGAUGGCAGGUUAGUGGCGCUAUUUAUGGCUUGCAUCAAUGGCAUAAGGUCUCCUCUCUCCACACUGUCAUUGCGAUCAGAUUUCUACGUGCUGUCGCAUAGGUUCGUAUUGAGCGUCUUGACCGACGAAAAAUCUUCGGCCAGUAUUAUCCAGACAUUAAAAUUGACUAACGAUAGGUUGAUGGAAGUUGUUUGUAAUGAUGCUAUUUCGGGUGAGGGUCCAUCCAGAAUAACUGGCAUUCUCUUUCUCGAUUCGCUUGUGCAGCUGGCAAGGCUAAACAAGGCCAAUUUCAUCCUUGACAGCUUAGUUAAGACGAAUAUGCUUCUGCUAUUGGGCCAUUCGCUGAAAGCUACGGACGAUUUUUUGAAAUCAGGUUUAGAAGGUAUAACUCUGGACAAUCUGUUAUACGAACUAACUGCUUUCAAGUCAACGGUCCACUUUCUGAUCCGUAUCGCAGAGAGCCGUGCUGGCGCACAAGCAUUAGUUCAGAACGAAAUCCUUCGUGUUAUAGGAUCUUGCAGGUUCUUGGAAGUUGACCCAGAUCUAGGACUUGAUCUUGUAUUCAACGAAGCAGACGUGCAUAGCUUCCAAAAACUUCACGUAUGCUUGAACUUAGACAGCUCCCUAUCUUUGAAUAGAGAUGCGGUGGGAUUAUCCUUGUUUGAAAUUGUUGUUCCUAUUUUCAAAUUGAUGGCAACUAUCUUGCUGAGCAUGGGGAGCGCUAAUAAACCUGUCGUCAGAAAGACUCGCGAUCUUUUGAGUCACUUUAGAAAACUUGUCCAAGGUGUGUUGAAGAGAGAUGCUCUUAUAGAGGAUGGCACCACCACGUCACAUCAGGAAGCGCCGCAUACCGACGGGUUGCAACAGCUUGUCAGGACAGUCGUAUUACUAUGCACAUUGACAUGUUACAAUGAGGGCUGCUAA